AUUUCUCCAGACUCAUUAAGUAUUAGGAAAAAAUGGAGCUACAAGGGCUGGGUGGGUUACCUCCUUUCUCGUCUUGUGCUGAGAAAUGCUGGGGCUCACCCAUAAGAAUCCAGGAUCUCAUGGACACAGGGAAUUCUGAACAAAUGUGAUGAAACCGAUUAAAUGUUUGGCCUGUAGGUGGUUAGUGAUGGAGAUAUGGGGUAUAUGUGAGUUUUGAUUUUUGCAAUUCAUUAGAGUUUUGUGAUGAAAGGAAACAGUUUGUUGCAUUGCUUUAAGGUAGUAGGUUCAUUUGCAUUUCUCUGCAAGGAAGUAGUAAUGAGUCACCAAGCCUUAAAUUUCACCCCUUUUUGAUUUCUUGCUGACUUGACUUUAAUUGAAUGGAAUAGUUAUCACAAAUGAAUAAUCUUUUUUUUUUUUUGAGUGGAUUCUCACUGUUGCAGGCUGGAGUGCAGUGGUGCUAUCUCAGCUCACUGCAACCUCCGCCUCUCAGGUUCAAGCACUUCUCCUGCCUCAGCUUCCCAAGUAGCUGGGACCUCAGGCGCGCACCACCACGCCCAGUUAAUUUUUGUAUUUUUAGUAGGGACAGGGUUCCACUAUGUUGGCCAGGAUGGUCUCAAUCGCUUGACCUCAUGAUCUGCCCACCUUAGCCUCCCAAAGUGCUGGAAUUACAGGUGUGAGCCACCACGCCCAGCCAGGAAUGACACAAAUGAAUUAUCUUAAAAGUAAAUGCCAUUAAGGAAGGAUAGCUGGAAGAUGGGGUGAGGGGAAUGGAGAAAGGAUCCCAGGGCUAGUCCUAUUUAAAUACAUGUGCACCAUAAAACGAUUCCAUUUGACAAUAAGUUAAUUAUCUCAUAGCAUAAGGAAAAUAAUUACAACCAUGCAGGAUGAUAAGCUUUCCUUUGUAACAUCCACACAAAAGAUCUAGCUAGUACAAUUUCCUUUGCUAUAUUAGAAAGGCCGCUAGAGGUGAACUAAUUAGAUGGAAUCCUUGAGUAAAAGACUGGAUUAACAGUGAAGAGAAAAAAGUCAGAUUGCUUUCCUUCUUCCCAUAGAUGUCUCAGGGAUAUUCAGUUUCCUCAGUUAGAAAAUAAAGCUAUGGUUACUUAAAUGUAGUAAGCGUUUUUAUGCAUACUUACAUGAAAUGUACAUUAUUUGAAUUCUUUAAAAAGAAAAAGCUGCAUGAUAACAAAAAUUGUGUUGUGCUUGCUGUAGCUGGUAUUUUGCCUAGAACACUUACAUCUUUCGGACAGGUAUCUUAGACACUUCUGCUAGUGAAUCACUCAAGGUAUUCCUAAGAAACUAUUUUUAAUCCAGGAAGUUUUGCAUUUUUAGAAAUUUAUCUUAGUAUUUCCCAAGCAAAAGAGGGUGGUUACAGAUUCACUAAGAAUCAUGUGCUCAUAAUUUUAAUUUGAUAAUUAUUCCUGCUUAAAAUAUAUUAAUUCAUAAUUUUGGAACCGUGAGUGCAUUUUUGCCUUUAUUGCCAAUAAAUUCUUCUCAGAAGUGAGCCAUAAAGUUGCAUACUUCUUGGAGUUAAAGGUCUGAAUUAAGACAAUCCAGCAUAAGUCUUACUAUGUGUGAUCAUUUUGAGAAAAGGCAAGAAGCACCUAAGAAUCUCCCCUCACUGUCCUGGUUCCCUGUUUCAUUUAAAGAUUUACUAUAAGUAUCUGGAAGGCUUUCCUUGGGAGGAUUUAUUUGAAUCAGUCUUUCACAUGCAGAGGAUAUUGUAAAACAUCCCAGUUUUGCUGGCAGGAAUAUGAACAUCUGUUGUGAAGAAAGAAAAAGUUUCAUGCAAAUUACACAGCCAAAGAAGAGAAGGGCUGUUCAAGUUGAGAAACCAGUGACAUUUCUUGUAACUGAACUAUGAAUCAGCACAUUUUAAUCUUGAUAAUAUAUGGAAGUGCAAUAAGGUGGUAGGAAAUAGUGCUCAUUUUACGUAUGCGUUAUUUUAUUUCCUUGUGUGUGUGUGAGUGACUUCAUGGCAUCGACAUAGCUGUUUUUAAAUGAGGAUACAGUAAAUUGCAGUCCAAGGAAGGCUAACUGGAAUCAACAUACCUGUAGCUUUAGAAAGCAGUUUCCGCCCCAGUGAAGAGUUGCAAGAGCGAUGGAACCCCAUGUUCCUGGAAGUUUGCACAUCAGAGUAAACAAACUUGAAAACCCCUCUUGAUAGCAGAAUUCACCCAGCCUUGUUCCAUUUUCUCUUAACAAAACACACCGCAAAAGCUCUCACAAGCUGCUUUGAUGAAGCCACAUGUAUUUCCCCCUUCACAAUUUACAGGAAGUUACUCUUAAAAGAAAGUGAUUCUGAUGUUUACCGCCUGCGUUAAAGGGACAGAGUUCCUUUUUAUUUCUGAUAACGUUUGAGCGAAAUACAGAAACUGUCCAUAGACUAGCACAGUUGGUACGUGAGUAAGGAAAAGCAAUAACCUGCUGUCCGGUAAGAGCGAAAUUCCUGCUACGAACAGUGCCUCACUUACUACUUGGAGACUGCAAGUCGCAGAGGACACCAGAUCUAUUCCAGAGGGGAGCUUCUCCACUUCAUUGAUGGCUUUAAUGAAGAGAAAAGCAACUGGAUGCGCUAUGUGAAUCCAGCACACUCUGCCCGGGAGCAAAACCUGGCUGCGUGUCAGAACGGGAUGAACAUCUACUUCUACACCAUUAAGCCCAUCCCUGCCAACCAGGAACUUCUUGUGUGGUAUUGUCGGGACUUUGCAGAAAGGCUUCACUACCCUUAUCCCGGAGAGCUGACAAUGAUGAAUCUCACACAAACACAGAGCAAUCUAAAGCAACUGAGCACCGAGAAAAAUGAACUCUGCCCAAAGAAUGUCCCAAAGAGAGAGUACAGCGUGAAAGAAAUCCUCAAAUUGGACUCCAACCCCUCCAAAGGAAAGGACCUCUACCGUUCUAACAUUUCACCCCUCUCAUCAGAAAAGGACCUCGAUGACUUUAGAAGACACGGGAGCCCCGAAAUGCCCUCCUACCCUCGGGUCGUUUACCCCAUCCGGGCCCCUCUGCCAGAAGACUUUUGGAAAGCUUCCCUGGCCUACGGGAUGGAGAGACCCACUUACAUCACUCACUCCCCCAUUCCAUCCUCCACCACUCCAAGCCCCUCUGCAAGAAGCAGCCCCGACCAAAGCCUCAAAAGCUCCAGCCCCCACAGCAGCCCUGGGAACACGAUGUCCCCUGCAGGCCCCUGCUCUCAAGAGCACCGGGACUCCUACGCUUACUUGAACGCGCCCUACGGCACGGAAGGCUUGGGCUCCUACCCUAGCUACGCACCCCUGCCCCACCUCCCACCAGCCUUCAUCCCCUCAUACAACGCUCACUACCACAAGUUCCUCCUGCCUCCCUACGGCAUGAAUUGUAAUGGCCUGGGUGCUGUGAGCAACAUGAAUGGCAUCAACAACUUUGGCCUCUUCCCGAGGCUGUGCCCUGUCUACAGCAACUUCCUCAGUGGGGGCAGCCUGCCCCACCCCGUGCUCAAUCCCCCUUCCCUCCCAAGCUCGCUGCCCUCAGAUGGAGCCCGGAGGUUGCUGCAGCCGGAGCAUCCCAGGGAGGUGCUUGUCCCAGCGCCCCACAGUGCCUUCUCCCUAACUGGGGCCGCUGCUAGCAUGAAGGACAAGGCCUGUAGCCCCACCAGCGGGUCUCCCACGGCGGGCACAGCCGCCACGGCAGAACAUGUGGUGCAGCCCAAAGCUACCUCAGCAGCGAUGGCAGCCCCCAGCAGCGAUGAAGCAAUGAAUCUCAUUAAAAACAAAAGAAACAUGACUGGCUACAAGACCCUUCCCUACCCGCUGAAGAAGCAGAACGGCAAGAUCAAGUAUGAAUGCAACGUUUGCGCCAAGACGUUCGGUCAGCUCUCCAAUCUGAAGGUCCACCUGAGAGUGCACAGUGGAGAACGGCCUUUCAAAUGUCAGACUUGCAACAAGGGCUUUACUCAGCUCGCCCACCUGCAGAAACACUACCUGGUACACACGGGAGAAAAGCCACAUGAAUGCCAGGUCUGCCACAAGCGAUUUAGUAGCACCAGCAAUCUCAAGACCCACCUGCGACUCCAUUCUGGAGAGAAACCGUACCAGUGCAAGGUGUGCCCUGCCAAGUUCACCCAGUUCGUGCACCUGAAACUGCACAAGCGCCUGCACACCCGGGAGCGGCCCCACAAGUGCGCCCAGUGCCACAAGAACUACAUCCAUCUCUGUAGCCUCAAGGUUCACCUGAAGGGGAACUGCCCUGUAGCCCCAGCCCCUGGGCUGCCCUUGGAAGACCUGACCCGAAUCAAUGAAGAAAUUGAGAAGUUUGACAUCAGCGACAAUGCCGACCGGCUUGAGGACGUGGAGGAUGACAUCAGUGUGGUCUCUGUCGUGGAGAAGGAAAUUCUGGCCAUGGUCAGAAAAGAGAAAGAAGAAACUGGCCUGAAAGUGUCUUUGCAAAGAAACAUGGGGAAUGGACUCCUCUCCUCAGGGUGUGGCCUUUACGAGUCAUCAGAUCUGCCCCUCAUGAAGUUGCCUCCCAGCAACCCGCUACCUCUGGUACCUGUAAAGGUCAAACAAGAAACAGUCGAACCAAUGGAUCCUUAAGAUUUUCCGAAAACACUUGUUUUGUUUCUUAAGUUAUGACUUGGUGAGUCAGGGUGCCUGUAGGAAGUUGCUUGUACAUAAUUCCAGCUCUGCAAAGCUCUCUUGAUAGCAAAUGGUUUCCCCUCACCUCUGGAAUUAAAGAAGGAACUCCAAAGUUACUGAAAUCUCAGGGCAUGAACAAGGCAAAGGCCAUAUAUAUAUAUAUAUAUAUAUAUAUAUAUAUAUAUACAUAUUAUAUAUACUUAUUUACUCCCAUGUCUAUAUAUUUGCCCCUGUGUAUUUUGAAUAUUUGUGUGGAUAUGUUUGCAUAGCCUUCCCAUUACUGAGACUAUUGCCUAGUCAUAAUUAUUUUUUCAAUGAUAAUCCUUCAUAAUUUAUUAUACAAUUUAUCAUUCAGAAAGCAAUAAUUAAAAAAGUUUACAAUAACUGGAAAGAUUCCUUGUAAUUUGAGUAUCAAUGUAUUUUUGUCUUGUGGCCAUUCUUUGUAGAUAAUUUCUGCACAUCUCUAUAAGUACCUAAGAUUUAGUUAAACAAAUCUAUGACUUCAGUCAACCUCUCUCUCUCUAAUAAUGGUUUGAAAAUGAGGUUUGGGUAUUGCCAAUGUUAGACAGUUGAUGUGCUCAUUCCUGGGAUCCUAUCAUUUGAACAGCAGUGUAUAUAACCUGGGGGUACGUGUGCAGAAUUACCCAAUAAUAACUUAAGUAGAAGAAAUAAGAAAGGGAAUCUUGCAUGUUUUUGUUGAUAGUUCAUGUUUUUCCCCCAGCCACAAUUUUACCAGAAGGGUGACAGGAAGGCUUUACCAACCUGUCUCUCUCCAAAAGAGCAGGAUCCUCCCACCACCAGUGCCCCCCACCCCCGACAGUCCUGUGGCCAUUCAGAGCGGCCACAUGACUUUUGCAUCCCAUUGUAUCGUCAGAAAAUGUGAAGAAGACAAAAUGCCAUGUUUUAAAACCACUGCGAAAUUUCCCCCAAAGCACAGGCGGCUUCGUAUGUGUGAAGUUUGGGGGCUUGAGUCUGGGUGUUGCUUUGUUGUUGGUUUUUGUUGUUUUGUUUUUUUUUUUUAAUGUCAAAAUUGCACAAACAUGGUGCUCUACCAGGAAGGAUUUGAGGUAGAUAGGCUCAGGCCACACUUUAAAAACAAACACACAAACAACAAAAAAACGGGUAUUCUGGUCAUUUUGGGGUAAAAGCGGGUAAUGAAUAUUCCUAUCCCCAACACGUCAAUUGUAUUUUUUCUGUAAAACUCAGAUGUUCCUCAGUAUUUGUGUUUUUACAUUUUAUGGUUAAUUUAAUGGAAGAUGAAAGGGCAUUGCAAAGUUGUUCAACAACAGUUACCUCAUGGAGUGUGUCCAGUACUGCAGGAAAUAAUGUCUUACCUAAUGAUUUGCUUCUUUAGAGGAGAAACCGAGUAAAUGCGCUCCAGCAAGAUAGACUGUGUCAUUCUCUCUUUCAUUCUGCUAAGCCCAAAGAUUACAUGUUGGUGUUCAAAGUGUAGCAAAAAAUGAUGUAUAUUUAUAAAUCUAUUUAUACCACUAUAGCAUAUGUAUAUAUAUUUAUAACCACUUAAAUUGUGAGCCAAGCCAUGUAAAAGAUCUAUUUUUCCUAAGGGCAAAAAAAAAAACAAAAACAAAAACAAGGCUUUUUGAGACGUUGCUUAAUACUUGACCUCACAAUCACAUCGGUCUGUUGGGCACCUCUUGCCUACUCUAAGAGGCCCUAAAGCCUUGGUGCAGUGGCGGGGACUACCAAACAACCGGGGAGGAAGAGAUACAUCUUUUUUUUUGGAGAUGAAGUCUCUGUCAUCCAGGCUGGAGUGCGGUGGCACUAUCUUGGCUCACUGCAGCCUCUGCCUCCCAGGUUCAGGCAAUUUUCCUGCCUCAGCCUCCUGAGUAGCUGGGAUUAUAGGCAUGUGCCACCACGCCCAGCCCAUUUUUUAGUAUUAAGGACCAUCUAAGACGGCUGUAUUUUUUUGCCACAUUAUCAUUAUGGGGUCACACCUAAGUCACAGAAAUACAAAACUGACUUUACCACUGUAACUUUUCUCUUUCCUUUCUUACCAAAUACUGAUCCAUCACUAGUCCAUCUGUUUUAUGAUUAUAUUUGACAUUUUGUUCACAUCAACUCAUGCUCACCUGCAGAGGAGAACAAAUUUCGAAUAAUCCAGGGAAACUCAAGAGCCUUACUGGUCUUCUGUAACUAGCAAGACUGACAGCUUUUUAUGUAUCAGUGUUUGAUAAACACAGUCCUUAACUGAAGAUUAAACCAAAGCCUCACACUGACAUUAGACCAAACACUUUUUAUUCCCAACUACUCCUUUGUUGUUCUUUCAUGCUUUCCUGUAGUGAGAAUUUUUCUAAAGACUUCCUGCUUCUCUCACCAUCCAUCCUUCUUUUCCGCCUCUUACAUGUGAAUGUUGAGCCCACAGUCAACAGUGGUUUUGUUUUUCCUGUACUCAAAACUGACCAAAGUUACUGGCUUUUUACUUUGCUAGAACAACGAACUAUCUUAUGUUUACAUACUGGUUUACAAUGUUAUUUAUGUGCAAAUUGUCAAAAUGUAAAUUAAAUAUAAAGGUUCAUGCUUUACCAA